AUGUACUUGGAGGAUGUUACAGGGCACGAAGGCGAAAGCGUUUCAGUAGUGGGCAAGUUUGAACGCCUUGAAGACGGAGCCGUUGUGCUGAGAUGCAUAAACAGAGAGGUGUAUGUUAGGCAUUCAAAUAUCGACUCAUACAGGUCUGGGUUUGUACUUGUGUGCGGAACAGUAGAGAACGGAAUGCUAAACGAAAGCAGCGUGCAUCCAAUAGGAGGCGAAUUUGACAUCGAUAUGUACCACCGAUUUAUCAAUGUUGCAUCAAAGUAUCCAGGCAUGUUCUGA